GAAAAAGAAGCAUUAAUAAAUUCAUCGGAAUUUGCCGAGUUCUUUGAAAAUUCUGCCAAACUCGUUCAAGAAGUUCUUAAUGAUCGUUAUGACCUUUUGAUAGAUUAUAGUCUUAUUGAAGACGAAGAAAGCAAACAUCGAUCUGUUACUGACGUUAAUUUUUCAAAGAAGACUCCUGAACGUGUUGUUGCUUCAUAUAAUAAAAAUUCAUUUGCAAAAUAUGAACCGGAUGGUAUUGUUUUGGUAUGGAAUUUACGCCAAUCUGAACGUCCAGAAUUUGUUCUUCAUUCCCAG